AUACGUGUUUUAAUUAGAUAAUAAUAAUCAUCGGAGUGGUAAGAAAAUGAUAGAUACAGCUGUAGUUACACAAUGAUAUGAGAAAUCUUGUUACAAUCCUAAUUAUUAGGUGAAAUAUAUAUUAAAUCUAACAUAAUCAAACGCUUUCCUACCAUAGCUUAUAAUUUAAUUUGUGUUAUUUAGUAGAAACUUAAAAUCUUAAAAACAAGUUUGUAAUAUUACCGAUUGAACCAUUUAUCGAUGAAUUAAAAAAGGGGUGAAUAGGUUUAAGCCAAGAAAGCUAUAUAUAUAUACUGGAAAUGAGCUAAGCAAAUGAUACGAAGAAGAAAAGAAGAUGGGGCUACAAGGUCAGCUCAGCGACGUCUCUUCCGAUUCACUCCCUCUCAUGCUCCUCUCUCUCCUCGCCGUAUUCCUCAGCCGUCUCCGCUCUUUCCUCCUCCCUCCCUGCGAUUCCGCUUCUAAUCUCCCCCUCGACGACGGCUCCAUCAUAGCCUCGGGACUCGCCAACACAAUCGUCCUCGCCGAUCAGCUGAGCCUGAACCGGCUCUCCUCGUACCGGAGCGCAGGCGAAGACGGUUCAGACUGCGUCGUGUGUCUGUCGAAGCUGCAUGAAGGAGAGGAGGUGAGGAAGCUGGAGUGUGGACACGUGUUCCACAAGCGGUGCUUAGAGGGAUGGCUUCACCAUCUCAAUUUCACGUGUCCUUUAUGUAGAUGGGCUUUGGUCGCUGAUUGUUGCGUUUCCCGAACGCAGCGGCGCGUUGGGAGGGAUUUGAUCUCGUGCUUCUCUCUCCAUUAAUUCAGGCGUGUGACCGGAUCGGAAGAUUUCAAUCCAACGGCGGUAAUUCACCCAUCUUUAAUUGUCCUUUAUAUAUAUGAAUUAUUUAGAAGAAAAAAAGAGAGGUAGUAUCAGAGAACUCGGUGGCUGACCCAUGCGCGCCCUUAUUUCUCCUUUUUUCAAUCUCAUAUGUAAAUUUGUGAAGAAUGAUUAAACAAUAUCUCUAGUAUUCAUGUUUUAUGUCGCAUUUUUCUUACACCAAGUUUUUUUUUUUGUUCACCAACACGAAGCUAAAAUAGUGUCAAGUGCGUUUUCAGUACGACAUAUAAGUUACUAGAAACAAUACCUCUCUUUCAAAUUCUAUUACAGUGGCGAACAGAUAAUAUUCUACUGGUGAAGAAGCGAUGUCUAGUUUUAGUAUUUAUAGUGUUCUGGAGAAGAAACGGAAACCGCAUCACCAACUCAUGAAAGAUUCAUCAGACCAUCUUUUAACGCUGAAACCGGUCUAUCUUAGAAAAGUUUCUUUUCUUUUGGUCUGAAAAAAAAAAAAUUAAAAAGAGAAUCAAUCGCGGAUCGUCACUGUGUAAAUGAGACCCGCGAACAGUGCAAGAAACACUCCAAAAUCGAUCCUUAUUUCAUGAUUUUUUUAAGGACCGAUUUUAGUGGUUUUUGUGGGGCCCUCAGCAUUCCUUAUGCCCUCAUGGUCCGUCUUUCGUAAACUUGGAUGUUGUUAGAGCAACCGCAACGGCGGUUUAUACUCAGUCCUUAGGUGUUAAUCCUUAACUAUUAACAAUAUAAUAACAUUAUUUACCUUAGAUAAGCUAAGGAUGAGUCCUAAUUAAAAUUGGUUAGUCCUUGUUGACGUGGCAGGGGAAUUGGUUCCUUCUCUUCACGGGUUUCGCGAUUUCAUCUCAUUUGGAGUGAAGACGGGAAAAAAAAUCAGAGAAGGCGAUAAGGCGAUAUUGGUGUCGACGGUAAAGAAGAUCAAUCGAAGGGUUCUCGUCGGUGAAAGAGGAUAUUCGAAGGGUUCUCGACGGUAUCGAAGGUUAAGGAAACAUGGGACGAUAUAGCUACAGCCAGCCUUCAUCAUCAGAGGAGUAUGAUAUAGAUAUAACAUCGCUUCUUCAAGCCGAAGCCGACCUCUACGGGGAAGGAAGUUGAGAGUAGCCACCAUAUAGUAGAGCCGGUUCAGUACCCUCCUCAACCUGAGUGUGAUGAUGGAAUCCCGAAGACCUGCUACUGUGGUGGGGAGCCUGUUGUUGCAGCAGCUCACACAAGCAAAGAUAUAGGGAGAAGGUACUUCACUUGUGAGAAUGCGGAUGACGGAGAGUGCCAUAUUUGGAAAUGGUGGGAUGUGGCCGUCACGGAGGAGUUGCGUGACUAUCAGAGACAACUGAGGGAGGUUAAGGAUCAAGCUAAUGACAUUGAUGAGAAGCUUGUUAAGUUAGAGAAGAGUGUGGGGGAGGACAUUGAUGAGAAGCUUGUUAAGUUAGAGAAGAGUGUGGGGGAGUUAGCUAAGAAGAAAUUUGGGAUUGCAAAUGGCUAUCCAUUGGUUGUUAGUGUGUUGGUUAGUGUAUUAUUUAUAAUAUGUAUGGUGGUCAUGAUGAAGUGGGCUGAGGAGAAAGACAACGUCCUAACAUCGAGCCUGGUAAGCUUCGUUCCUUCUGUUUCUGAAUUAUUAUUCAUAUUUUUGUAUAAACUUGUGACUCUGUUAUCUCAUGUGUCUUCAGGAGGAGCUUCAGAGGAUGAAAAAACCGAAUGUCUGACCUUUAGAAGGUAAUGCAGAAACAACUUCGAACUCGCUUUUCUUUGAGUAAUUAAAAUGUAUAGUUGUUGUGAUUGCAUACUAGUAAAUGUUUGUAUUUAGAAACAAAACGUAGAGUAGUUGUGUAAGUGUUUGUCUUUAUAAUAAAAACGUAGACUAGUAAAUGUUUGUCUUUAUAAUAUAAACGUAGACUAGUAAGUGUUUGUCUGUUAAAUGCUACUUAAGUGGUUUCUACCUUCCUAACUCCUCUGAGUUGAUAGGUUUAAAUGUAAGUGCAUUACUUUCUAUCUUCCUAACUCCUCUGAGUUGAUAGGUUUUAAAUGCAACUUAGAUAAAAAAAACUCUUACUUAAAGCUCUGUGAUGCUAGUAGAGUGACACAGAGCAACGUAAAGGCAUGGAUACCCCUGGUUUUGUGAACCUUCUCAAUAACCAAACUUCUUACAACCUAUAUUCACCCGAACCUGUUUGGUUUAGUACCGAGCAGUCUGUAGUCAUGGAUAACACCCCUGUUUCUGAUCCGCCAGCUUCCAAGGAGAGGAGAAAAUGGUCUCUUAAAGAGGAUAGAAUCCUCAUAAGCGCUUGGCUUAACACGAGUAUAGACGCUGUGGUCGGCAAUGAGCAGAAGGCUCCUCAUUUCUGGAAGAGAAUUGUAGAGUACUACAACUCAAGCUGUCAUCUGGUAGGGACAAUACCUAGAGAGCUUGGUCAGUGCAAGCAAAGGUGGGCUCGGAUUAACGAGCUAGUAUGCAAGUUUGUUGGUAGCUAUGAAGCGGUCUUGAGGGAGCAGAGGAGUGGGUAAAAUGAUGAUGAUUAAUAAAUAAAUAUUUCAAUUUAAGAUGUUUUAAUUUAUUUUAAAAAUGUUUAUAAUAUUUUCAAAUUUAUUAUUUUUUUAUUCUUAAGGAUUCCUAAUGGAUAACACUAUUGGACAUACUAAUUUGAUUAGAGUUUAACUAUUUAAAAAAAAAAUACUAUAAUAUACCUAAGGAUUCCAAUGGUGAGUACACCAUUGGAGAUGCUCUUAAGGGCUCCCUACCCGUCUUUGUCCAAGUAGAAAAGUCUAAACUCGUCCCCCAUAUUUUUUUAACAAGUUGGCUGCCGCUAUAAUAGAAUUUGAAAGGACCGAAGAGAAGAGGGAUUUCUUUGUUAUUUCACUCUCAGUUUGCAAUGUUUCAGAUUCCAUUUUCCGUUUGUAUACAAAAAGUUGAGAAAUUUGAACACGUCUCGGUGGAUCCAGUUGAAUCUUUUUUUCCAGAAAAAGUGUGUGAACACAGUAAUAUGGGCUUUCAAAUAGAGGGAAUGGGUCAAUAACGUCAUAGUUGGCCUAUUUCUGGCUCCAAUAUAUGAGUCUGUCAACACCUGGAUUGAUGACUCAAAAAUCUAGAAUUUUUUUCAAAAAACAAUGCAAAACUUUUUUUUUUUCCAAAAAAAAUGGUUUCAUUUUUUCGCAAGAAAUUCAAGCAUUGUAGAGGAAAUUCUCCCAGUGCGAAUUAAACACAAGUGGCGGAAAUUACAGUAGCAACCCCUUCAUCACUGAGCCAACUCGACGUUGGCACAAUACAAAGGUUUUAUGUUCAUUUUUUAUAAAAAAAAAAAAAAGCUAAGAGGGAUGAUCUCAAAGCUUUGAAUGCAAUUGGAAGCUUCGAAUAUGCUUUCGAAGAGAACGAAUCUAUAUCUUCAGGAAAGUGUGGUUUAUAUGCUUCAAUUACUUGUAAUCUUCAAAGUUAUAGUGCUUCCACGCUAGGUUUAGGAAGCGAGUUUACGGGGUAUAGAUCUAGGGGAAGGAUAUCUGGUGUUAUAUGUUGGAUCAGAGAACUAUUUUUAUCCUGUAUCAAUUAAUAACGAUCUUCCACAUUUUUUCUGUAUAGCAGAGUUUGAUUAUUUAGCCAAUCGUACGAGCUCAAAACGUUGUUAAAGUGUUGUUUUAGUUAGGUUAAACCCCGUUUGAUAUAUAUUAAUGCUGCUACACUCUUUUAAUUUGCAACGUAACCUUUGUUAUUAAGUUAUACCAUUACUACAAGAGGAGACUCUUCAUAACAUUAACACAACAUAAAUGUAUUCGUAGGCUGAACACACACAGACACAAAGCACACACACAAACACCAUCAUAGUAAUAGAUAUAAGAAUUGUUUUUUUUUUCAGGUUAAGGAAAAAAUCGGACCAGUAACCUUCGAUUCCCCAGCAGCAAGCAAUGCAAUAAUCUCGCUCUCCCUAGACUUACUUCUCUAUGAAAGAGCGUAGAUUAUUGCAAAGCCCAUCUUUCUCAAUAUGUUAAUUCAUAUAUAUUACACCUUCCAUCACUUUCCUUCGACCGUCGUCCUCUUCGUCUGUGGACACCAUAGCUUAUCUCUUAAA